AGAUAUUAGAUGAAUAAGCAAUAAAUUUUUGCUACCACUAAUAUGCAGAAAUUUGUCGUAUUAAACGCUUUAAUUUUUCAUUUUCAAAUUAUGCUGAUAGAUACUUACAUCACCCAAAACAAAAAAAAAUUGCCAUUAUAGAACUAAAGUGAUACGUAAAGAAUGUUUCUAAAAUAUAUGUGUUACACUAUUUCUAAAACACCAAAUUCGCCUAAUGGUCCAUCUGUAUCGACAAUCACGGAACUUACAAGACACGAAACUUAUCAUACGAAAUAAAAUGCAUUGCACGAAGGCAUUCUUUUUCUUCAACUUUGACAAAAAAAAUUCCAUAAUUCAAUGUAAGGACCAUGGAUGUAACCCAUUCAAGCUUUUUUCCUCAUCUUUGCCCACACAUUACAUAGCAUAAUUGCCCAAAAAAAUAAAAAGAAAAUUCUCAUUUACUAUAUAAAGACUAAAGCUUGUAAGCCACACGCACUAAUAUUGAAAGUGUUUGACGUUUAAAAGGUAAAACAAGGAGAAGGAAAAAGCGCAAAAUUUAAUGAAGAAAGCGACAAUGUCGGCACCAAAACGAUGUGUUUAGGGAACAAGCUUAGUAAGUGGGUCGGCCAAAAGCCUAACAUUGAUUCAGACACUUUGGAACAACUGUUUGCCUCUUUUUCUUUUUUUUUUUCUUCCUUUUUUUUAUAAUUUAUUUAUUUAUUUAUUUAUUGGCAUUUUUCUCAAAUAUGUCCCCACACUUCAAUUUUAAUUUCACUUUGUCAGCUAUAUUCUCUCUCUCCUCCAAUUCCUUUAUAUAUAAACACCCACAUAAAAACAGAGUAACCCAAAUAGAGUACAAUCCCAAAGUUGGUAAAUUGGAUUGAAAAAAGGUGAAAAGAUUAGAUCUUUGACAAAUUUGAGCAAUUUUAACAUCUGGGUUUAUCUUUGAUUAGUGGAAUAAUCACAAAAAAUGGAGCUUGAAUUAGGUCUUGCUUUGUCAAAUGCUCCUCCAAAAAUCCCAAUUUUGAAAGAAUUGGAUUUAAUUAGCUAUGUUAAUUGCAAGAGUAAGCAUGUUUAUGAAGAGGAUAAUUCUAAUUCAAGUUCUUUGUCUUGCCAAAGUAGUGUUAAUGAUGAUAAUUAUGGUGAAGAAGAAGAAGAAAAAGAAGAGGAAAUUAAUGAUGGGUUUUUCCAAAUAAUGAAGAAAAAAAGAGGGUUUGGAGAAGUUAAUGAAGUGGAAAGUUUAGUUGUUUCAAUGCCUGAAACUUUGCCUCUUUUGCUUUGGGAUAAACACCCUAAUGAGGAUGAUCAUCAACUACCUAAAAGGCUAUGCAAUUCCACUUCUUUCACCAUUAACAAAAAUGAAGGUGAUUGCAUUGUGGGGUGGCCACCAAUUAAGGCUUACAGAAAGAGUGCUCACCUCGAACAACACCGCCAUGGAGGGAAUAUUCCGGCGAUAGAGAACGGUGGAAGAGGUGGUGGUUGUGGCGGAUCACGGUCGAUGUUUGUUAAGGUGCAAAUGGAAGGGUUUUUCAUUACAAGGAAGAUUGAUUUGAAGCUUUACCACUCUUAUGAUGCUCUCAUUUGUAGCUUGCUUACUAUGUUUGGCAAAGGGCAGGAUAAUAUGGAUAAUUACAAGCUUACUUACCAAGAUGGGGAUGGUUAUUGGCUUCUUGCAGGAGAUGUGCCAUGGAGGACGUUCAUUGAAUCAGUCCAACGACUCAAGCUUUUGGUUGGAAUUUUUACCCAUUGCCAGAAAAUCGCCUACUUUUUCCGUCCUCUUUGGGACAAACCACCCCCACCAUUUUCCCGUAUCCCUCACUUCUAUGCAGAAAAUGUUUCUAUGGAUCAUCUAUGUCGCCUUCAUGGAUGGUCAGUCCGCUCUGAACCCCGAAGUGUAUAUGAUGCUAUCAUCUUUAGCAAUGAGCUAGACUUGGUUGAGAUAAGGUGGCACGAGCUCAAGCCCUAUGUAACUAAAUUUGUAAUCAUAGAAUCCAACACAACCUUCACUGGCAUUCCUAAGCCUCUGUACUUUGCUUCAAAUCGUGCUCGUUUUGCCUUUGCCGAGAGUCAGAUUGCCUAUGGUUUCUUGCCAGGGCAUAGUAGAAGCCCAGGGUCCCACAAAAACCCCUUCAAGCUUGAGAGUGAGCAUCGGAUGGCUAUGAAUCUCUUAAUUCGACAGGCAGGUAUUCAGUUUGAUGACAUCCUUGUUAUGUCAGAUGCAGAUGAAAUUCCUAGUCCACACACCAUAAAACUCCUUCAAUGGUGCGAUGAGAUCCCACCUGUAUUACACCUCGAGCUGAAGCACUACAUGUACUCGUUUGAGUUCCCAGUGGACUACAGUAGCUGGCGGGCUUCAGCCCACAUCUACGGUCCAUUAACACAGUACAGGCAUUCCCGGAUGUCAAAUAUUAUUCUUUCAGAUGCCGGUUGGCAUUGUAGCUUCUGCUUUAGGUACCUCCAGGAUUUUGUGUUUAAAAUGACAGCUUAUAGCCAUGCUGAUCGUGUUAAGAAGAAAGAAUUUUUAGAUCAUAGAAGAAUUCAGAAACUCAUUUGUAAAGGAGACAACCUCUUUGACAUGCUACCUGAAGAGUAUAGCUUCAAGGAGCUAAUCAAGAAGAUGGGAUCAAUUCCUCGUUCUGCUUCUGCGGUUCACCUUCCUGCUUAUCUUAUUGAAAACACUGAUAAAUACAAGUUUCUGCUUCCUGGUGGCUGUGUCAGAGAACAAGAAUAAAUUUUGUUACUUAUUUGAUAUUCUGGCUCUGAAAAUCCUUGGAAAUGUAAAGUGGAAUGGUGUUUUAGAAGUAGCAUUAGCAUUGAAGUAAGAAUAGCUGCAAGCUUGCUAAGUGCAAAUAUAGUACAGCAGCAUGAAAGAAAGACCGCCAUGCACUAAUACGAACAGCUGGGAUUCAGGGAGAGGGGGCUGACAGUGUAUGGAGGUAAAUCAGGUGGUGAUGGACCAAGGCUAGUCCAAAAAAGUCGGCCUGUUGUGGCUCAGCUCGGGACAUCAGAGCGAGCUGGUUGAGUUAGGCUUGAUCACCUCUAACGGCGCUUAUAAUUUAUAGAAGCAAGGACAUGCUGAAGCCUUGUUAUUUUGGCAGGACUAAAACUGGGUUGGUAUUUUUCAUUUAUACGGAAGGUUUUGAUUGGUUUUAGAGUAUGAAUAUAUGUCGUACCCUCAUGAGAGUAGGAUUCAUAUUUGUUUUCACAAUAUCAACUCUUUCAUAUCUUCUUCUCUAUAAUAACAUAUGUAAAGAUAUUGAUUGUAUUUGAAUUGUAGUUCUUGAGAAAAUAAAGAUCGAUAUUAUAUAUACCUCUCUUUAA